AUGUUACCAGCGACCUUCUCACGAAAGACUCAGAGCCUCUUGCAGAAAACUGUUUCACUUGGAAGAAAAGUUUUCUACGUUGCGUCGAGGAACAAAGAGAUGCGAUUCAGAGGGAGUAGAUCGCUUGCGAUUUCCGUAGCAUCUUUUACCCUUGGAUGUGUUGUUACCCAUUUUUUAUGUUCGUAUGACGAUUUACCCAUAAGGCUGGAAACGAAUGAAGCAUUGGAAGCUGUGUUAAACGAUCCUUCUCCGUCGAUUUUCAACCUGGAAACUACUAAGCCGGAACUUUUCCACCCGCCUGAGACUGUGAAUACUCACGAGGAAAAUGAUCAGCCAGUUACGACAGCUCCGAAACCAACCUUACCCCCCUACCCACCGUUGUUAAACAGAACAGCAGUAGUUCUUACUCCUUCCACCUGCAAUAAAGAAACCUUUCUUAUUAUAAUUAUUGUCUGCUCCAGCAAGGAUUUCGAAGCGCGAAAGGCUGUGAGAUCUUCUUGGGGUAAAACCAUAUCAGAAGUGAAACGUUUUAAUUCUAAUUCCACCUAUGAACAGUUUCAAGUUUUCUUCGUGAUCGGAAGCGACGAAAUAAACGACGAAAGAGUCGAAGAGGAAUCGCAACGUUACGAUGAUAUUAUACGUGGUAAUUUCAUGGACACCUAUGCGCAAAUAAAUGAGCUCCACACGGUGAAGACCCUUUUGGGGCUUAAAUGGGCCACCACGAUAUGUGACCCACAGUACGUAUUGAGAGUCAACGCCGAGUCUUUCGUUAACGUUCAAGAGACCAUUGGAUGGCUGCAUUCAUUAGGCAGUGACAGUGAGUUAAAGCAUAGGGAAGGUUUGUAUACAGGGCAUCGCCACACCUUGUCCUCUGGUGGAGUGAAAGUGAUUAGAAACCCUCUCAGUCCUUACUUCAUCCCAGAAGACCAAUGGUCCGAUGAUCUCCUUCCAAGUUACGUGUCAGGAGUUGGUGUCGUCCUCUCGCGGGAUGUUGCUGAAAAAAUGGUGCACACUGCCUCGGAGGUAAUCUAUCAUUCUCCCUCGAAUUUUUAUGAUUUCUUUGUGUUACUGUUGACACAUCGUUUCUAAGGACAGAAGAAUUUGUAAGUAUGACAAAAGUGGCACAAAAGCGUUGUCACGCUCAUCCUUUCCUUCGUCACAACACAGUUUUAUUCUAAAUAAUUUGUCUACCAUGUAUUACUUUUUUUUUCGACGAAUUCAUUAAAUUAAUAAAAUGAAUAAGUAUGCUAGAGGAUUUGUUGCGGAGAGAACUGUGCGCUCAUUGACCAAAGCAAAGGGCUGGACGGGAAACUGUUGUGAAACUUGUGGUCAAUGACGUACACAGGCGGCCCAGGCUCCAACUGUGGGAUGAUCAUCUUGCGAAAUGUAAGAGUCAUGGCAAAAUUUUGAGAGUUUGCACGGGAAUAUUUACGACCGCUCUUAGGAAUAAUAAAAAAAAUACAGUCAAAUUCUCAAUAAAAACACCUCACCUUACUUCCACAGUGCAUCACUUGUUAUCUCAGGCUGACCGCCCACUAUGAUGAAAAGAACCCAUUUUAGCGAGUUAUCGAUUUCUAGGUUUACUCCGUACAUAAGAGAAGCAUGUGUACGUAGUAAACCUAGAAAUGGGUAACUCGCUAAAAUUGGUUCUUUUCAUCAUAGUUAGCGGUCAGAUAACAAGCGAUGCACUGUAGAAGUAAGGUGGGGUAUUUUUAUUGAGAAUUUAACGGUGCGGUUCUGUACGGAUCAAAUGACAAAAACUCUCAUAGCAUUGACCAGAUCCAUUACGACACAGGGCGCAGGAUUGCUUUGAACCAGCGCACUUGCUAGCCUUCCGUGUCUACACCUUCCCUAAUAGCAUAUCUAUUUCCACAACUCAGAGGCGAAUCCAGGGGAAGAGGGGUUUUUUGUUUUCUAAAUGUAAGUCUAGAUCCCCCCCUUCCCCCCGUAUUCGCUCAUGCCACCUUAUUUCGUUACCACGCAUGCCACAUAAUUUCAAAUCUAAUUUUUUUGUUUUUUAUACGUUUUUUUUUAGCUGAAAUUGAUUCAUAUUGAUGACGUUUUUCUUGGUGUAAUGGCAAAGAAUCUUGACAUUGCAGUGUCGGACCACAGUCCUCGUUUCGACAUCGCAUACACCACUAUGCUGACGGAGUGCAAAGAUCUUCAAUUUUGCGUCAUCGGCGGCGUUCCUACCAAGGAUAUGUUCUAUCUGCAUCAAAACGUGCACCAUCUUAGAUCUAUUUGUGCUACGGACGGGCCAAAAUUGCAAGUGUGACUUCUUUGAACCUUACACCUUAACAUCAGUAGGCAUAUUCUCCAUACUGCUCUCCAAGAAUUUCCUAUAAGGUGCUGACAAGGAGAAUUUGUUUAACAAUCAAGAGCUUCUUUAUUUUAGUGACCUUUUCCUUUAUUCUCGUGAUUUUAUCGUUAAAUACACAACAAAGCAUCUCAGGCGAACCUUAUUUGUCGAUGGCGAAUGCUUUUUUAGGUAGGAG